AUGGUGGUGCACCUGUGACCCAAUGCAGUUGAUCAAUCUCAGAACCGCCAUCAAUGUGAGGCCAGGACAUCACUUACCCAACUGAUAGAACCGAUUCAAUAUUUGCUGAAAUUGUGAUCCAAUAUUGGUGCUCCCGGUGCUGCAAAGUCUCUUUGCGGCGCGCUCCCUUUUACGCACGGCCAACAGCACCGCGGGCCAUCGGAGGAAGACUGCGCCGCGCUUCGGCUCACUUCACCGUGCGGGGCGCGUAAACGCAGACGCCCAACAUUUGGAUACACUCCUGGAGAGGGAGGGGAAAAGGCUUGUCAAGAUCCCUAAACCGGAUCGCUAGUGCGUAAACCAGUUUUCACAUUUUGGAAGCUUUCGACUGAACUUCAAGAAGAAGACGCGUCUACUCGCUGGAAGUUUUGUGUGCCUUGUGAGACUUUUUUCAUCCCCCCCCCCCCCCCCCACCCGCUCAGCCAUUAAAGCAUCCACGCUGACUGGAGGCAGGACCGAACAGGGGGCUGAGAUCGCGCGAGGCCAAGAGGGUGGCGAGGGAAGGCCGAGGCUGGACUCAGCCCCAGAACGAGGUCUCGUAGCAGGAGGAGGAGGCUCCUCCGGCCGGCCCCACGCAGAUGGAUUCUUCGCGUCCGCUCCACCAUCAGAGGAGACGGCCAUCUCGGAGCUCCCGCGUGCUGUGACGACGACGCGUUAAAACAUGACACGCUGCGGUGGACGCACAAGUGGAUCGGUGACCCGGCGGGGGGCACGGAGCGCCCCCGAGCCCCUGCGCGCCCGCCUCUGCACGUCGCCCGGUGGGAACCGAUGUAGGAAUCGGAGGAAGGAGAGACCGGAGGCGACCUCUGUGAUGUCGGCAAAGGUGCUGCUAUGGGUGCUCCUGUUUUUGCUGCCUCUGGUCGACGGAGCUGGCAUUAAAGCCGGUGUUGCCGGUGGACAAGUGGACUCGGGUCACAUGACGGGCCUGCUGGGAGGCCGGGAGAAGCGACAACUUCAUGUGAUGCCGCCAGAAGUGACGGAGGACGAGGGGCCGGAAGGCGGCAACGACCCGUACUCUCCGUGGCAUCCUCUGUAUGACCCUUUGGUCAUCAAUGAAGCAGACGAUCAUCCAAGCACUCGCUGGGGGGGCCGCACGUCACGUUCCUCGGACCCCUCCGAGCCGCAACCGAAAGGCUUGACUAAAAGAAAGAGGAAGAGGAAGAGGAAAGAAAAGGACGAAGCCGAGGACUCGGGGAAGGGAGACGGAAAAGGCCGCGGUAAAAACAAGCGACCGAAGCAGAGUAGGCGGGACUGCCGCAUAGAGAAGCGGGAGAUGAAAGUCCGCGAUCUGGGACUGGGCUUUGACUCGGACGAGAUCGUCCUCUUCAAAUUUUGCGUGGGCUCCUGCCAGUCUUCCAGGACUAACUACGACCUGGCGCUGAAAGCUCUGAUGCAGAACGACUCGCUCCCGCGACGCACCGCCCGCAAGGUCAGCAACCACCCGUGUUGCCGGCCCGACCGCUACGAGCCCGUGUCCUUCAUGGACGCUCAGACCACCUGGAGGACCAUCCAGUCCUUAUCUGCUGCCAGCUGCAUUUGUAUGGGCUGAAGGAGGUGACAGCUAUCUUGAGAAAUGUAGCGAAGACAGAUGACGGAGGAAGUGAUGGAGGCCGCUUCCUGCUUUCAUUUUUUUCUGUCGCAGAGGACAAGAUUUGGGUGCAGCUAACGACUAGGCCAUUGUUUCUCAAACUUUAUUGAGCCUCGGCGCAUAUUUUACAUGAGAAAAAUUCUCACAGCACGCCUCCUAACUAAAAUGUAACCAAAAGUGGAUACGCAGGUUAGUAGUAUAAAGUCUGCCAUCUAGUGGAAGAGCAUUUCAUUGUCCUGCCUGUCAUGAUAUGCCGCUGGCAUAGACAGUUCACCAAAAAUAGAUUAAUAUUACCGUCACUAAAUCAAUUACGGAUAAGCUAAAUGGAAAAAGAUCAUUUCUUGCGGCAGCCUGACGAGCGCUCACGACACACUGGUUGGGAAUCACUGGCCUGGGGGCAAAGGUCAUAAUCAGAGUUUAGGAAAAGGCUUCCUAUAAAGCUGUUUGCGCCUUUUAUUCCAUUUUCUUGAUAUCCAUCUUAAAAUACAUGUACUAGUACUCUGUGUCUUUGCUGGUAAGACAUUUCAUCAUACUAGUAGGACGACUACAACUACUGUACUGCAUUUUUCAUUCCUGCACUCAUGACUGCACACUAGUAGGAAGUUUGCACAUUACUAGUAAGGCAAAAGUCUUCACUAGUCGAAAUCUACGUACUAGUAGUUGCAAUAAAUGCUCAAACAGCUUUCCGUAAAGCCGUUCGAGUAUUUAUUCAAUGUUCUUGAUAACCAUGUACUCCAUUUGAUCCAUGUAGUCGUAUGCUCUUUGUCUUCGCAUAUUAGGAAGUAAAAAAAAAAGUUACUAGUAACACACAGUCAAUCAACUAGCAUGGUGAACUGUCUUACUUGUUUAAGGGUGUCAAACCUAUUGUAAUUCCGAUAUAAAAGGGGCAGGACCACUGAAAUAUCAUCAUACCUGAUACAAUAAUAGAAAAUAAUAAUGUGUUUUCCCCUUUGUUUGAAUGCAAAACAAAUCAAUUACAUUUGGAAAAUCUUUAGUGAAUUUGUUUUCAUAAUUUUACAAAACAAACUUACGUACAAUGUGUGCAUAAUAACUGAUCAAGGUGAUUGUACUUUAAGGCCCGAAACUUUAAGUCAUGGGUAUUUGGAACUGAAAAAUAUAGCAUUACAUUUUUAAAAUGUAAUCAACUAAUGAAGACCUAGGAAUUCUCAUGAACGUAGUAAUUGUCAAAAUUAUCCGCCGUCCCCGCAACCACAAUGUUUUGUUUAUUUUUUUUCACUUUCAAAUACAUCCUACGGGCCAGACAUUAACACCAAGCAGGCCAGUUUGGGACCACGAGCUUUAUUUUUGACACCCUUGCCCUAGUGAGAGCAAUAGAACAUUGUAGUACACGGACCUUCAGCUGGAUAUCAAGUAUAACGAAUAAAUGCUCCAACAGCUUUCCACAGGAGGCCAUCGAGGAGCCAACCAUAUGGAUUUCUUGUUACGAGACAACUUUUUUUUUUCGUCUAUCCAGCGUUCGUUACAGACUCGCAGAGCGGACGAUGUGAACGUGACUGCUGUGAUUUUUUUUUUUUUUUUUUUUUUUUUUACAUGCAUGGCUGCCCAAAAGUCUGAGACUCACGAGACAGGCCGAGCAGCGGACUGAGUGUUCAUCUUGGAAAACAAGCAAACAGACGGCGGUGAAAUGUUCAAUAUUUACAACUCACAGAGAUGCCAGCUCUUCCCAGAAGUUCAAUAACAAGUAAAUGGGUUCAACGUUCAAGUGAGCUCAGCCAAAUGGAUGCCAUGCAUCUUCACGUAUUACUGUAUAAAAGUAAAAUAUAUUUAUUUCUGAUAAAUUAUUUAUUUAUUAUAGCUUCGUAUGAGAGCUGUUUUAUUCCACUCUGUACCGUAGAUGUAUAUCUAUUUAUUGCCCAAAAGUCGCAUUUCAUAUUAUUCCCGCUCCCGCCGUACACAAUGUACAUACUGUACUUCAUAAAGGUGCUGAAUCUCUUUUCCAGAGUAAUCCCGAGUCAGACUGCGAGUAUGGCAGAUGCGCAAGGCUGGUUUUGUUGGAGUGAAAACAACAACAACGACCGUGAUAAAAAUCUUCACGGCAAACUGACGUGCAGUCCGAUGACAUUGUGUGCAUAAUAAAUAGCCUCGCUUAAAAGUACCUCACACAA